AGGUGUGAAGAUGCGUCGGAUGGUGUUGAAAUUCGAAUAAAAAGAGGCGGUGAGGUCCGAGGUUUAGCGCCAAGUUAAACCUACUCCCCCCACUGACGUUGAUGCUUAAACUCAUCUGUUCUCUACAAGGCGCCAGCUCAGAGGAACUAGCCCGGCCUAGAAGAACACUCACACAGAUACAGCUCCUCGAAAAUCGAACAACAAGCAGAUUCAUUAGAGCGAAACACUUGCAUUUCUACAUAUCAGACGCGGAGAGGAGUAAACUUCAAGGCAGAAUCUUGGGGUUUGCUCGGAACCAAGCCCUCGGAGUAUAAUGCGAGGAAAACGGGAAGAGACGGAACCCGAGUCUGUCGCUCCCGAGGCGCCCAAGGAAAAUACAGUACGACCGAGAAAGAGGAAGGCAGAUGUUGCCAUUUAUUUGCAAGAUGUGGAUGAAGAGGUAGCAGAGAUGACGAAGAAGAAGCAACGCGAGUGUGAGCUGGGGUGGAGUCCUGAUGCUGGUUACACAAGUCCGCAGAGGUGGAUCCCGACACCUGAUAAGGAAGACUACCAAACGGUUUCCAUGGUGAAUGCAGCCUUCCCCCUCUAUAACUUCAACAACAUAUUUGUGACCCCCGUGCAUCAUGCCCCGCUCCCUGCUCUGUGCUGGGCCAGUAAGGAGGUAGUAUGGAACAACAUGUUGGAGAAGGAUAAAAACUACACCAGGGACGUCCACAUGAUGGAGAAGCAUCCUCAUCUACAGCCAAAGAUGAGGGCAGUUCUCCUGGACUGGCUUAUGGAGGUGAGUGAGGUGUACAAACUACACAGGGAGACGUAUCACCUCGCUCAGGACUACUUCGAUCGCUUCAUGGCCACACAGAGAAAUGUCUUCAAAUCAACACUGCAGCUCAUAGGCAUCACCUGUCUUUUCAUUGCUGCCAAAGUAGAGGAGAUGUAUCCUCCUAAAGUCCAUCAGUUCGCCUACGUUACAGACGAAGCCUGCACAGAAGAUGAGAUUCUGAAUAUGGAGGUCAUUAUCAUGAAGGAGCUGAACUGGAGUCUCAGCCCACAGACUCCCAUCUCCUGGCUAAAUGUUUACAUGCAGGUGGCCUAUCUGAAAGAAAGAGAGGAGCUGCUCAUCCCCCGAUACCCACAGGCCACCUUCACACAGAUUGCAGAGUUGUUGGACCUUUGUAUGCUAGAUGUGCGCUGUCUUGAGUUUUCCAAUGGCAUCCUUGCUGCUUCAGCGCUGUUUCACUUCUCCUCUUUGGAGCUUGUGGAAAAUGUCUCAGCUCUGAAGCGGGCGGAGGUAGAGGAGUGUGUGAGGUGGAUGGUGCCAUUUGCCACGGCGCUGCGAGAGGUUGGCGGGUCGCCUAUGAAAACAUUCACAGGAAUCUCUGCAGAUGACAUGCACAACAUCCAGACCCAUGCCCCCUACCUUACAUGGCUGGACAAGUCUUACUCUUACCAGGAUGUGGAUUUGGAGCGUCAUGGCAACUGUCCUGUCCCGUCAGGUGUCCUGACUCCGCCGCUGAGCAGCGAGAAGACUGAAGAGCCGGUUCAAGUGGACGCAGCAGUGCUGAAAAUCAGGCCGAGGAUGCUUACCGAGUCCCCCACAAAAGCACCAUCCCAACUAGCAGAACACUGAAACUGACGAGGUGGAGGCGAAUCAUAAAUUAGAUUUUUACAUUUUUAACUUUAUGUGGAAGGCUGGAAACUGAUGCGAUGCCUCUGCCGAUGGAGUUCAGUGGGGAAACAUUAAUGGAAAUGAUUCUUUCUCCUUGAUGAUUACUUGGCUCUGGACGCUUUUUAAUGUCUCUGUAAAGGGUGCGUGCACUGACUUUGGUUCAAUUGGAACAACACUGAGACAAAGUGAGCGAAUGGUUUUAUCACUAUGCCCGCAGGAAUCUUACCUAUUUAACAGGUUCAGUUUGGAUGAUGACCCAAGCAAAGGGCUGUUGGGGAUGGAAUAAACCAAGAGAUGAUUUUUGUUUUUGAAUUGCAUUGCACCCAAAUGCUUGCAUUAAUUACCAACCACACCCAAAUUGAGUGGUUGCCCCUUUUUUUUUUUUUUUUUUUUUUUUUCCCUAUGCAGAGGCCAAAUUGAGUGGACAUUUAUGGAGUCUCUACUUGAUGCGUGUGUGUGAGAGAGAGUUUGUUAUAAUAGUGAUUGAUGUUCAUUAAUCUAUUAGUGGCCUCAUUUGCCCAAAACUAUUUCUAGGGUCACAUUUGGCUCUAUGUGCUGCUAUAAAGUGGGCUUUGCAUGAUGGGAAGUGUGUAUGUGUAUGUGUGUGUAUGUUUUUAGAUUCUACUCAUGCCAUUUUAUUUGACAAAACAUGGCCAUGUUUUGCUUGGGGACCAGUAGCUUGGCUACCUCAAUGGACAAGUGAACCAGCCAGGCUUCAGAAGCUAAAAUAUUGAUUGUAUUUAUCUUUUAUUGUCAUCCCUACCUGCAGUGUGUUUGCCCACCAUCGAAAUGUAAGAUUUUUUUAUUUGACUUUUUUUUUUUAAAUAAAAUGCUGCUACAUAUUUUA